UUGGCAACAACAUCGCUGUAGACUAGUAAACAUGGCGCCUCCCUUGGAAUGUCAUCCUUCGGGAGGUGGCUACUAUACAAACUUUCUUAAAAUCUUAUUGUUAUCUUCACUCUUAUCUGCUGCACACGGCUACUACCAGAGGCCUUAUGACAGGUGCUCGAUACCUGAGACAGUACAGGGAGAGUGGUACUCCAAGGAGCGCGGCGACGACACCUAUACGACCAUCGAUAACAACCGCAUGUCGAACCGGGGCGACUGCCUUCACCUCGUCAACCGAAAUAACGACAACUUUACCUUCAUAUUUGAAUACAGUGCCUGUUACUACUGCGUUCGCAUAUUUGUACGGACCCUGAAUGUCCUGGAAAAGAUAGAAACUGGCUGCGUCAACCUCAAUGAAGGUGAAACACCUGACAUCAAGACUGUAUGCCGCUCUCUUGAUGUCAAGCAGGAGAGGAUCACCCUUUUCUCAACCAACCCAACGGCAAAGAACUGCCGUUCAAGCCUGGAAGGCGUGUGGAAGUUUGCAUACCAAAACACGUACAAAUUCACGGGCGAGUGUAAGCAUCCAGACGCCAACAUAACAGCCUGUCAGAUGCCGGGAACCCAGUUCUAUGUCGUCAACCAGCAGUUCACCAUCAACUACAAGCAGUGCGAGGGCAUGCAGGAGACCGAGGAGGGAGAGGUUCAGUACAAGUGCCUCGGUGACUGGUACAUUGGCAAGAACCACUACUUCGCUGUCAUGAACACUCGCGAGAGUCGUAUCGACGCAAAGUAUCGCUGCUUUUUGGCAAACAGAGAUGAUGACAUCUUCCUGGGUGUCUCUAUCGAACCUGAGUGUUCGUCCCUCAAAACACCUCAGGAGUCACCUGAGCGCUACCGCAUGGAACAAGUGAAAACCGAGAUUGUGCAGCCCAGCUGCACGCUGCCCGACAACUUCACCGGGGUGUGGCUCAACACGGCCAACUUUGAUGCACAGGUCGUCAUUAACAAAACGCACAUAGUCGAAACCUGGAUGCCAGAUACCCGACUCAGGGAGCAGAUCUAUGUGUGUGUUGAAGCACGUGAGAACAGAUACCUCAUGGCUCGUCAUGGCAUUCAUGGCUGCCAAAGAGACUUUGUUUGCUUCAACUUUGUGCCGCGGCAUCACAGUGUCAUCCGUUACAGAAAAGGCAAGGAGAUGAUCACAGAUGAGUUCUCAACUGUCUGCUCAUGGACCAUGUUCCCUGACAAACAGCAGUGGCGCUAUGACAUCCUUAUCUCGAGAGAGCCCGUCUCCAUCAAGUGCCCGGUGGCAGGAAAGUUCCGGUUCGACCAGACAGGCGACAUACCUUUCGAGACGCGAAUCCGUGGAGGUGUCACCCAGAUUCCGCGACCCAACGUAUACUGCAAGGAGAACAUCUCUGACUUCUCUGUGUGCGACAAGGAUCAGAAGAUCAUCCUCAUCGAUGCCAACUACUGCAUUUCUGUUGACUACUAUGGCCGGCCUGUGGACAUCUACAGUGAACCUGACUACGAGCUCAAGUGCAUUGCCUUCUGGAAAGAAAACUUACGAUCAUAUCUCAUCACCUACAACGAGGAGGAUGCUUACAGCAAAUAUCGGUGCUGGGUGUACCAACGAGCGGACCUAAACCGUGUGCUCAUGUCCCAGUCGGUGGGGGCAUUUUGCACUGUCCUGCAAGAUGUCACGUCCAACAACUACACUGAAGGCGCUGAAGUUGCCCUGGACAUGGUCGAAUAUGAACGCGAACAUGAUGACUGUCCGAUGUACUUUGAUGACGGAUCCAAUCCGUAUCAGCAGAUUGCCGAGCAGGCGGCAAUUUUGAUGGGCUCGGCAACUAGCCUCACCUGCCACAUAUCACUUGUACACCUCAUGCUUCUGGUAUGUUUGCGCUCCUUGCUGUGACUGCAAAGCAGUUGAUCGGGCAAGGAUUGUAUGCUGUGGAUCUGAAGAGGCUCAAGACUUAAGACUGUAAGAUGUGUCCGUGUCGUGCAUGCAGUACGUCUUCUGUCCCGUGCACAUGCAAAGUGCCCAAAACUCUUGCGGCUGGCGUGUAGGAGGUAGUCUGUUUGUACCUGCGUUGAGAGGAGGUAGAAAUUUAGUUUGAGCGGAGCUAACCACCUGGGAUAGUUUGAAAUGUUUGAUCUCUGCACAGUGCCAGGGCAUGCACACGGUCUCGGUGCUGCGAUGCCGGCUGGUUUCUUUCACCUGGCGCUGUUUAGGUGCACAGCAUCCUGGAGCCUUAAAGCUAGCCGAAAUGUGAUUUAACUGGUGUUCUCAGGACAUAACUAUGAUGUGUCUAUAGUUGGUGACAACCUAAAAAUGCAGUGGUAAAUACAUCGGUGUCCAACGCGAGGAGAAUUUGUAUAAAUGUUUCGGACAUUUUGGUUCACUUAUCGUCAUGACGCCACGGUGGAGCUGAACAUUUUUAACAUUGGUGUCUCUUGGCAACUACCAUGUUUACUCACAUAAGUUCUGCACUUUUUACAGAUUUUUCACAGGCUGCAGGCCUUACACGAGGCAGGCCAUUUGCCAGUACACUGAAGCCUGGAACUGUGCUCUAACAGCUAUGCAGAAUAAUGCAACCACUAUCAGCCAGCUAUGAUCAGUUUUAUUCAGUCAUUCUCAUCAUUUCCGCUGUCCUCGUGGUUUGACAAGCUAGCCUCAUCGGUGCUCUCCCAAAGCUGGUCGUUCUCCAUGCCGUCCAUUACUAGUUGAGAUUACCAUCCCUACCAAACUCUGGACGGCAGUCUUGAAUUAAAGCACACACUUCUUGCAACAGUGCCCUUUUAGUUGCAUCUAAGCCUACCAAACAGCGGGCCCCAGCAGAUCCGAUACCGUUGAUACUGUACCGGUUGAGGCAGGUGUACGGUGACGAUGACAAUGCCAUCAUCGCCAGGACAGUAAGUAGUGCCACCUAGUAGUGGCUUGCAGAAAUCAGCCAGCACAUGGGCGUCGCCUUGUCAUGCAAAUGGGUAGUACAGUGCAGUCCACUUAUAACAAUAUCAAGAAGAACGAAAAAUCCGAUCGUUAUAACCGAUCAUCGCUAUAUCUGGACUGCCGUUAAAAAUAAAGCGAAUAUAUUUUUGAAGUCCCGAAACCAAAUUUGCCACUUGCGGUAAAAAUUGACGUUGUAGAAAGUAGGCUGGGAAAAACAAAACGUUUAUUUAUACCUCUAAAUAGCGUCUCAAUCGUUAGGUGCGCUGAAAUAGAAAUCUGCGCUUGCUUUCGCAGAAGUUUCGGAUUCACAACUGCCGUGUGCAUCGUGUCCAGCUGCUGCGCGAACACUGACGGCUAUAAUUUAGCGUGCGUCAAAUCAAUGAGCGACUCGAUCGACGACAUUGCACUUUGGUUAAACAUCGGGAUCGGUGUCAAUGAAGGGCCAUUGUCAAUCUCGUCGUCACUGCCGCUGCUGUCGUCGCCUCUGUCACACAACGCUGCCGUCUGUCGGGACAACGACCGCCCCGGCGGAGAUCUCUUCGCAGAACGAGGCAGCACUACCUGCACUUAGAAACUCCUCCAUAAAAGCACCACCUAUUUCAUCGUCAGUAGCUACGUGCUCCCACAGUUCGGUAAUGUCAGCGGCUUCCACCGUGUUAGUUUCACCCAUGAGGGUUUCGUCCUGGCGCACAAAGCCUGCUUUUUCCGUUGAUCGGCAUGGCCACUGCUUCUAUCCUUUAUGAUCGUGGCGCUCCCGGUUUUCCUAAUUGUCGAUAUCAUCGACUGCGCGAGCUCGUACUUCUUCGAGUCUUGCUAAAUUUGCAGCUUCGUCUCGAGAGACACGGCUUCGCGCUUUGUCAGCGCACCUGCCGCUCCUUCCGCGGCAAAUUUCCGCGCUCGCUGAGAGCGGGAGAUUGUAAAGGCAGCGAAGGCCGCGCAGGCGCCGCUCACUUAUCACUUUCUUCCCCCUGUCCUCUCCUCUGAACGCUCGCGCGCCGCCGCCGACGUGGACGCGAAGCAGCUGGCGCCAUCUUGUGCACGCUGCACCAACUUGCGAAGCUCUCCAAGAAGCGAACACGCGCGCUAGUCGAGCCCGGUCGUGGCUCUCCGUGGCUUCCGUUCCCAACUGGCGCGCGGGCGGGAUGCGCUGUGCAGUAAUGGCGGCAAAUAUGAACUCGUGUAGGCAAACUUUCGCCCCGUCCUAGGAAUGGGCAACUUAGGAACGUAAAUUUUGCGAUUAUUCUGCAUGAAAAACGCUGCCCAGAAGCAAGAUUUCGAUCAUUAUAUCCGAUAUACAGUGAAUAAUAUAUUGCUAUAUAUUGGUUUUUUUCUCAUAGCCCUAAUACAUAAGUUCGUACUCUUAGGUCGACUCAUCGUUAUAACCAAUAUAUCGUUAUAUGUGGUAUCGUUAUACGUGGACUGCACUGUAGUAGCAGUAGUAGUAACAGCAUAUUUAUUUUUUGCUUGCAUACAUACACUAGAAAAGGGACAGAAGUAAAAGGCGCUUUAUGCGCCUGACAAAGGCUUCUGUGCCUCUCGUUUGCAACAGAUGCACGUCUUACUGAAAACACAUUUGACGUAUCAUAAAACAACAUGAGCGAUAACAAAGUGAUAUUUCUCACUUACAAAAGCUGCUAAUAACACACUUCUUAUACGGUAGUAAUAUAGUAAUAGGUAUGUGUGUGACACUUCGUCAAGCGUUUUUUUUUUUUUUUUCCACAUUUUUGCGCUCCAGUGUGGGGCUACGGGCCUUACACCAGGGCAUGCCUUACAUGAGUAAAUACAGUAUGUUUUCGAGCACGAAGGCACAGAAACCAGGUGCAGUGCAAUUCUGGAGGCAGUGCUUGUAUUGAAUUCUCAGGUUGUCACCGAGCAUGGGGAGGCUUUCUCUCUGUUCUUUCUCUGUUUGUUUCUCUCUGUUCUCGCGCAUUAAUGUUCAAAGAGAGGAAGAACCAAACGAAGGACUUCCAACCACAUUUGCCAUCGAACCCACAACCAUGUAGCAGGUCUUUGGUGCUUAUUACAGGCCUUCAAGUAUAGUUGAAAUUCAAUGUGCAAUCAUUCACGAUAUGGUCGUUCAUUUCCUAGGUUCGGAUGUGUGACGCAGAGCAUGAAACAUUGGUCAUUCAAAUUGUUCGGUCACUUACUGUGGCAGCUCAAUGACUACGGCUGCUUCCACUGAGCACAAGGUCGUAAGCUUCUUAUGUAUUCAUGGGCAACUGCAUUUUGUUGGGAGGGAAUGUAAAGGCAUUUCUACACCUAGUGAGCACUAUCGAAUCUCAUGCUGAUAUAAUUUUGACUGCUGGUGUCUAUGUACUAGCCCAAGUGCUGCUUUGUUGUGUAAACACAUAUAAAUCAAUCAGUCAAGCUUUUCGUCAAAAUAUCGUCAAUCAAAUCAUUCAGUCCACUGAAACUACGAGUACGAGUAGCCUAUACCAUGGUGGCAGUGGGGUGAAACAGGCGGGACCAGUAAGCUUGGCCUAUAUAUAUAUUUUUUUUGCCAUCUCUGCGAGAGCAGUUAUCUUCAUAGUGACAUGAGUUAGGAUGUGAGCACUUUCAGCUGUACUACAAUAUGUCAGUUAUAGUUGUAGACCAGGGCAAGAGGUUUUAGUCGACAAUCUGUUGUAGUAUUUCCAUACAGAGGGCCUUGGACUGAACUGGCUUGGGUGUCAGGAUUACUAACAACUCAUUUCAGGUUGGCCAACGCUAAAACAAACGUGCAGCAUGUUGAUACUGUGUCAAGUGGCAGCAAAGCUCUCCAUUGGGCACAGUUUAAUUGUAAUAGGGGGGGCUAACAGGGGCUUGUUUUUCGCUAUGCAAGGUUUGUCAGAACAAGUGUUAGUGUUACGUCUACUGACAAUACAUUCCAAGUUGCUUAACAAGGCAGCAGUAGGAACUGAAAUGCUUGUGGCUUUUUACACCACUGGCCAUGGCUUUUAUCAUGUGGCUAGACGUUACAGUGCAGCUGUUUUUGAGGUAUGUUUUAUAUAAUUUCUUUUUUCCUUUUCUUUUUGUAAUCUUGCAUGAAGCGACACAUGACACUUGUUUUACUGAACUAUGUAAUAGCCAUUUGAUGUGUUGCAGCAGAAAAUUAUUAUGGCCCUGGUGAUAAUAGCCAUUACAGAAACAGCAAGUAUCAAAAGAGCAUGCCAACAAAAUCAAGCUGCUUAUGGGGUUGUCUUUAUUUACCGUUGUCAGUAGCAUUUCGGCUUGAGACAUCAAGUGUAGCGCAAAAAGAUGCAGUACCACAAAGGGAGGUGACGAGCGCACAGCACUAGACUUCCUAUCAUUCUCUACCUUGCUGAAAACACGCAAGGCACGGAAUAAGCGGAAUAAUUGUGCAGAGUCACAUUUUAUUUCACUUUCAAGGUAACAAGCUGUAUCUUUACGUUGACAUGCAGACUUCUUUUUCUAGCUAGGCGGGCGAAAGGCGAAAGAUAGCUGGGCCUACUCUUUGAAUACAGAAAGCUUCCUCUACCUCUCUGGCAUCAUCCCAGCAAAGCCAUUGGAGAGCAGCCAAAUUCAUUUUGUCCUGUGUUCAUCUCACUCUGAUCCUGAUCAUUCGCACUCUGCUAGUUGCGUUGUCUCCUAGAGUGAGCAUCAGCUAGCCCAACUAUCUGCUCUAACUGCAAAACUGCAGGGCUUUAUGUCCAGGCAUGAAGCCGUGCCUAAUGUUUCAUCAGCAGUACAUUAUAGGCUGAUGCUGCAUCAGGCAUGCAACUAGUGGCAGAAAGUAUUUAUAGGUAUCAUUCUGUCCACCUAUAUUAUACUUCUUUCUGAUGUGAUGGUAUAUUACAUUCAAAUUCUUCUUUUAAGGUUUAGAUGACUACUUUUACUGGUUCUGAAUGCAGUUAAAUCUCGAUAUAACAAACUUGAAUAUAACAAAAUUAUCAAUAUAACCAAGUAUUUAACUUUUUUUAACCUCUUGUCCAUAGAGCGACACUAUCUGUCGUGGCAGCGGAGUUGACACGGAAGCUUUGCAGGAUUCGCUUCGUACUGCCGAUGUAACUAUAUCGUCGACACGGCAUGAAAACAUAUUUUCGGUCACUGGCUCUCAAGUUAACAAAAUAACUUUUUUUCGCAUUGAAAUUCAUUUUUUUCUAUUGCUCAAUAAUUUCAAAAAUAUUACGGCCCCUUCUGUGCAGGAAAAAUGUGUCGGCGACUGUACUUGUUGCAUAAAAGAUUUAAUUUCAGUUUAACGCAAUUUCAAUAUAACAACGUAAAUUGCCAAUUAUACUGACUUUGUUAUAUCGAGAUUUAACUGUAGUACUGGAUACAGCAUUCUCUUAUCAUUGGGACCAUGAACAUGGCUGUCAGGUUAUUAAUAUGAACUUUGUAAUAGUACCUUCAUGUGUGACUGCAGUAUUGUUGAUUGUGACAUAUUGGUUGGCAUUAAAACUGCUAACUCUGCUCGGCUGUUGAGAUCAUAAUAAUAAUAAUUGUUUACAUGUGUUCUCUUUGUUUACAUUUUUCUUUUUUGUUACCACAUUGCAUUUCUCCACCUUCUGCUAGAGCUUAAAUAUGAUAGAGGUUACUUUUAAUGCAUUUGUGUAUUUACACAUUUGUACAGUAUGUUUGUCUUGUGUACGAUAUGUUUGGUUCACCAUGUGUGAUGGAAUUGUUUUAUCAAAACCCAUGAUCAGUCCAUCUUUUUGUGGAAUCUCAUAUUUACUUUGGUGCGCAUGUUAGCGAGUUGUUGAAGGCAGCGUUAUUGUGUACACUGUAUGAUACAGAAGCCUUGGCAGUGUUAUGAAAGAUAUGUCACAUUUGAACUGCCUGUGGCUCUUGAGGUGAAAGUUUUGUAAUGUUCACUUGACAUGAGCUGUUUCCACAAAGAUUCUCUGAAGUUUCUGAAGACAGAGUGCCAAAGAGGCAGUCUUUUUUAACAACACUGUGUUCAGGACAGUGAACGUCAAAUAGCAUGUGAUGGUCGCUAAUAAAGUAUAAUUAAUUUUGUGAAAUUAACUGAAGAACCAUUCAUUUACCCUUGGGCACAUAUUGCAGUUGUUGAAUCAGUGAGAGCCAACGCUCAAAGCACAUUCAUUUACAAGAAAUCACAGCACUAGCAACAGUGUAAAAAUAUCCGUCCACGGAAUGUGCAGCGAUGCUUCGGUGUUCCUCCUAUUUAUAUGUUAUAACUAUGAAAUCUGUUAAUUCGUCAGUUGCAAUGUGUGCCUUGAAGUUAAUAAUUACACAGUUAAUUAGGGAAUAUCUAGUUUAACGUUUGGUAAUGAGGUUAUUGGCUGUUGACUGAUGAUCUAUUCUGAUUGCUGUAGUUGUCAUUAUUUAGUGCAAACAUUAACAAAAUACUAUUUGAAGACUGGCUAGCAACUGUCUCUGGGAAGUGUACAAUGUAUGUCUGUCUGAAUGGGAAGAGUGCAGAGAAGGUAUAGCAGUGAAGAAAUGGGAACAUGAAAAUAGGAAGCUGGAAGUGAGGUGGAAAUAUGAGAGGGUAGUGGCGAAGCGGAAUAUCACUCUAUUCAAUGAAGUACACUCGUGAGCAAAGGUAAUGGGCCUUUCCCCCCUUUAUCUGGUUUCAAUUUUUGCAUCAGCUAGCAAAGGUGUCAUUGUUUCAGGCACAUGACUAUGCCCUAAACAAGAAUUAAUGGUAAUUUUUUAUUAAGUGAUCCUCUAGUGUGAUUUGAAAAAUACAGUGGGGUCUGUAACGUAAGCAUACGACAGUACAUAUACAGUUCACACAGGAGUGUGACGUUAGAAAAAGAAGCGUAGGAGUACAGUUAUUCAGUCUCUGGAACAAUAGAAACGACGAGAGAAGUCGUUUUUAUUGAGAGAGAAGCAGCAGUCUUAGAAAGUCAUAAAAAACCUUUAAAAAAGAUGAAUAAAACCAUGCACUGCCUCAUAUGAUGCAAAACAGAAAAGGUCUUGCGUAUUGAUCACUACUGCAAUGUCGUAAGAAAUUUUUGGCAUUCUUUGUGGAAACAACUCUUGCAUGUGGCAGUGUGUUGUGAUGCUAGACCACUUCGAGCAAUAUUCAGUAUAUAGUAGCAUGUGAGGCUGGAGCAAGGCUCGGCUGUGGCUAUCCACCACGGUACAUUCAAGUACCACAUGGCCUUGUGCAUGACAUUCCAUUACAUCCGUCCAUUUUUAACAUGUUUGCAUCCCAGUGAUCCAGUCACAUUCCUUGCUCUAGCAGUGUAUUGUAUUGCUGUUUGUACAUGUUCUAACACUGCUGUCCUGGUGUUUUUACCGUCUUUACAUGAAAUGCUGUUUGCCAUGCAGUUAAAUAAACUUUUAUUUUUAUCUGAACAGA